AUGGCGUUUUUCUGCCGGAUGGACACCAUCACAAUCUUCCACGAUAGUGAGAUCUCCAUGGAUGCGAAAGAAUGGUUUGGCUACACAAUACUUCUCAAGGUCCCAACAAUAGCAAACCAGGACCAGAUUAAUCGCAUCCUGAUACACCAUGCAAUUGUCAACAUCUAUGGGGUUAAUGUUGCUUUGGAGAAUAUUCUACGACAUGAUCCAGAUUACCUAGUGUGGGGCAGUUCAACAGAGCAAGCCACUGAAAUCUUGAGAACACCAGAAAUUGACAUUGGGGGCGCAAAGAUUGUCACGUAUCCAUGGACUCCCCAGCAUGCUAUGAUCAACAUGCCUUUCCGAUACACACUAUUCCCAAAGGACGGUGUAGGGACUUCUUGGCAAGCAGGUGGAGGUGGACAAGCCGGUGGAGGUGGACAACAACUGGCUCUUCUGCAGUUAGGUUACACAGUUCAAUCACCCGGCUCUUCAUCAGGAGAUUCAAGUUUCGCCCUAACACCGGACUCGCCACCGGACUCACCACUGUACGGGGAAGAUGACCCAUUUGCCUCACCAGCACUUUUGUCCAGACCAACAAGUUGA